UGUUGCAGAAGGACGCGGCGUGCCAAGUGGGCUAGCAACGGUUAACUUCUGCACAAGUGAGAGAAAUAUGUUCUUCUUAACGGAGUUGGGCUAAGCAAGCUGGAUUUCCUGAGCACAUUCACUUUGCAUUAUUUGGAUUAUUGGUUGGAAACAGGAGAAGAUAUUAAAAAAAUGUAGGAGCUGUGCGUAAAAAUCCACAGGAUCCCAUUGAAGGCUUGAGCGUCGGUCGGGGGGAGGAUUUUGCCAAAGCGCGACUUGAGGAGCAGCUUAUUCAUGCAAAUUCAUAAAAUCAUAGGCGUGCCUUUGGGCGAUGGAGUCACAGCUGGGAAAGCAAACCCCCUCCUGGAUCAUCAGCGACCUUCAAAGACUGUGAUGCGCGGCGCUCAGACACAUUGACUGCAGCACCGGAGCAAAUGUUUUAAAAGCGCAGAGAAUCAGAAGAGAAAGUUAUCGCUCCAUUUCUACACGCUUCUGCUGACUGGAUGCACUUUCUCCUCAACGCAAACACCGGCUUUGACUGCUGCGCCACUGGACCUCCAACCCCAGGCGGACUGCGUUACUCUGUAACGUGCUGUCAACAUUUGCUUUGGGUCUUUUAUUUUAUUUAAACUUUAAGUUUUUCAUGUUUUUGAUCAUUUGGACGACUUCAACCUGAUGUGGCUGCAGUUAUCACUAAUCUACACUUCAGAUUUAGUGCGUAAAGCAUUGUUCCCUUUUUAAACAUUUUAUUUUUCAAUUGAAUCUCUGAGGACUUUUCGCCUUCAACAUGUCAGAGGACGACAGCAGCUCCACCACCAGCUGCACGUCUGACACAGAGUGCAGCAACGUGAGCGUUCUCAGCUGGGAACAAGUGCAGCGUCUUGACACCAUCCUGACGGAGACCAUACCGAUACACGGCCGCGGGAACUUCCCCACUCUGGAGAUGCAGCCGCGGCAGAUCGUAAAAGUAGUGCGCAGUCGGAUGGAGGAGAAGCAGAUCCACGUGCGGGACGUGCGGUUAAACGGCUCUGCAGCCAGCCACAUCCUGCACGAGGACAGCGGCCUGGGCUUUAAGGACCUCGACCUCAUAUUUUGCGCAGACAUGAAAGGUGAAAGUGAUUUCCAGACUGUGAAGGACAUAGUUUUGGACUGUCUCCUGGAUUUUUUACCCGACUGUGUGAAUAAAGAGAAAAUCACCCCGUUAACGUUAAAGGAGGCCUAUGUGCAGAAGAUGGUAAAGGUGUGUAAUGACUCAGACCGCUGGAGCCUCAUCUCCCUCUCCAACAACCGGGGAAAGAACGUGGAGUUGAAGUUUGUGGACUCUCUACGGCGGCAGUUUGAGUUCAGCGUCGACUCCUUUCAGAUCAAACUGGACUCCUUGCUGCUCUUCUAUGAGUGCUCAGAGAACCCAAUGGCCAAGACCUUUCACCCCACCAUUGUGGGUGAGAGCGUGUACGGGGACUUCAGCGAGGCCCUGGACCACUUACGUCACCAAAUCAUCUGCACCCGGAACCCCGAGGAGAUCCGAGGUGGCGGUCUGCUGAAGUACUGUCACCUGCUGGUGAGGGGGUUCAGGGCCGCCUCGGAGACCGAGAUGAAGUCCCUGCAGCGCUACAUGUGCUCACGUUUCUUCAUUGACUUCUCAGACAUCAAUGAGCAGCAGCGCAAGCUGGAAUCUUACCUUCAGAACCACUUUGUGGGCCUGGAGGACCGCAAGUAUGACUACCUGAUGACCCUCCAUGGAGUGGUCAAUGAGAGUACGGUGUGCCUGAUGGGACAUGAAAGGCGGCAGACCUUAGGGCUCAUAGCCAUGCUGGCAGUGCGAGUUCUUGCAGAACAGAACAUCAUCCCCAAUGUGGCUAAUGUAACAUGUUACUACCAACCUGCUCCUUAUGUGGCAGAUGGAAACUUCAGUAACUACUACAUAGCACAGGUACAGCCCGUGUUUGCCUGCCAGCAGCCUGCAUACUCCACCUGGCUGCCCUGUAACUGAGUGAGCCCCGAGCGUAGGAGGAGGGAGCCUGAUUUGUUUGAACAGGAGGAAGCAGCACUCAGCCCUGCCUUGCGUUUGACAGCUGACACAAAGCUUGUGCGUUUGUUCAUGCGGUUUGCAUGAACACUUGGCUUUCACUACAAGUAUUUCAAUGUGAAUAUCUCAUGUUUGUUGAAAUGCCAAUGUCUCCUGAUCCUAUCUUGGCCAGCAAGCUGCAGAAAACACUCAUUUGUGCAGCUUGGGAAAAAAGGCUAAAUGCAAAAUGUGCAGCUGCUUGAGUGCAAGCGUUUGAUCCGUCACCAAACCUGCACGAGACUGUUUGAAUCAGUCAAGAAUUGAUAAGGCAGCAUAUUUCGACUGCAAACCAAACAGCUGUGCAAAGCUACAAAUUGAACACCUAAGACUCAGCUAAAACAGCUUAACUGAGGCGAGACACUGUUUAACCAUAGUUUGGAUGACAAACUGGCGUCUCCGCCUUGCAUUUGGAUAUAAUUAUGGUUGUUUACAGGCCAAAUGUUUUCUUUUUGAUUGUUUCUAACAAAAUCCCAAUGUUGAUGGGGAAAAUAAAUACAAUAUGAGAAUAUGUCUAUUUGUAUAUGUGAAACUAUUUGUGUUUUAAGUGCCUAUUGCCUCUCAGUCGGCAGAGAAAAGAAUGAGCAGCCCAUAUGAUUUUUAUGAAAUAGCCCCCUUUUUGUUUAUUCUGAUUACAACAGCACCCCAGAGGAUUGUGAAUGUAUAUAUUAAACCAUGCACAUGUCAUUGUUUGUGUACAUUUGGAUAAACAUCAUACAUCAGUUCGGAUAUUGCAGUAAGGUAGCAUUCAAUGUUGCUGUUUUACAUUUUUGUGUGAACAUUCUGAAUUACAGCGUGGAAACCAAACAUUACCAAACAGUUUUACAUUCAAUUCAUUUGUAUUUUGCUGUAAGAAAGGGUGACGAGCAUUUUAUCGUUUGCAACAAAGAAAACUGUCACUCACACACAAUUUCCUGUCUGUUUUAUUUCAUGGUGCUUCUUCUUUUCUCAUCUGUAAGUUCACAAGAAAUAGAUAAGAGACAGCGAGAGUGUGUUCAGAGAGAGGGCCGACAGAGAGCCUGUGUUCGCUUCCUCAUGCAGUGGAAGGGUAUUUGCAGAGACACCUCAGAUGAUGAGACACUUAUUUGCAGUAGCACCCUUGCAGGGAAUUCCUCAGCUGCUGCUGAAGAGCUUGAACUUCGCUGCUGAGGUUGGGUGUGCAGGCGCUCUGUUUAAGGCUUAGAAAUGUGCCAAACAUUUUGGUGGCUCCGCUGAAAAACCAAAAGUUUAAUGAGGCAAUGUGUUGACCAAGGAAAAGUAAAGUAGUGGAUACAGAAGACAAGGAAAUAGACAAUAGAGGAGGAAAUGGGAGAUGAAACAUUCAUGUAUUAGUGUAAAAGACAGGAGGGAGAGUGAGUGAGUCUGGAGAGAUGGGUGCAGCUGGUGAUGGGGUUUAACUUUACUGUAUUAACUGUCUCUGUUAAGGUCACAUCCUAACUUAAUGGGACAGUGCUGCAGCUCUCCCCUUGUUUCAGGGGACCAAAACAUUAUGUUAUUAACGUUGUGUUUUAAUCAUCUGAUUGUACAAAAGAGUGAAAACAGAUGAGAAAAUACUUUCCUACUUCAGGAGACCUGAAGAUGCAAGUAUAUCUUUUAAUUUGAAAGGGUUAUAAUUGAUGCUUGUUCAUGCUUUAUUCCACAUCAUUUAAGUAACCGUGUAUAUACAUGAUAACAAGCUUCAGCUUUGCCAACUCACCUACUUCUUGCAAACUUUAGUGCAGCCUUUCCUCUGGAAAGAUAGGACAAAAGGACAUGAUGAUUUCAAGCAUAAAAGGUAGACUAUGGCUAAAAAACCAGCAUCAACUCAAUACUGCAGUAUAAAGGGACAUUCUCUUGCAAAUAGCAUUUCUUUGUCAUCCUCUGUUUUUCCUGUCUAACUAUCCAUAACGGCUCGGUUCCGUUGUACUUCUUCUCAGCCCACGUUGAUGGUAUCCUUUGGAUUGUGCAGGCAAUGUGUUGUCAGUUAAUACUCAGUGACACCCUAACAGCUGACUAGCUAGCUAGCUGCAGUCUGCCUGUCAAAUAGUGAUUGUGCCUAUCAGUUAGAGAUUGUGUUGUACGCGUUGUCUCAAAUAUCUGUUUCUGCUCAUGCAGUCUUUUACAAAUCACAGUUUGAAAAAGGAGGAAAAAAAGAUCUUCGUCUUUUAUGUAUAUUUUUUAUGAUUGUUAUUUUUAUAAAUGUAUCACACUGCAGGUGAUGCAGUGCUUUUGAAUCAGUGAUCCGGCUUCACAGGAUAUGUUCUCAAUAGCUUUUUUUGCUAUAUAAUGUUAUGUGUCCAAUGGGUCAAAGUUAAAAGAUGUUUUCAUCAAUAAAAUAUCUGAAAAUUGGA